AUGCGUCAAACUGCUGUUAAAUUGGCUCAGAGCUACACACCAAUGAUCAAGUUCGUGGGCACCAAGCACCCCGUUCUAAAACAUGCUGGUUCUGCUGCCCAUCCUUGUACAGUUGAUGGUAUUAUGCCAGGAUCCGAGGCCUGUCAACCAGCUGGAGAUUUUCUCAGCAAGCUGCAACCAUUUCAGGUCAUUCCCUACAAGAAUAAGAAAGCUAGCCCGGGCAAGUCUGCUGCUCCCCAAUCUGGCUCCAAAUACGAGUUCGUUUCAAGACCAUUACAAGAAAACGAGGUUUCAUCCAUUUUUGAAUUGUCUCCUAGAUUCAAGCUUCGUCCUUUUGAUGAAUCUGAGAUUGAGUCUAUAAAUGCCGGCGGUGCGCUAUGA